AUGGAGUCCGACCGCCGAGCCAAGAGAUCGAGGACUGCAGCGGCGGAGGCGGGGGGAGACGCCGGAGAGAUUGGACCCGAUGACGUGGCUCUCGCCAUUGAGAAGGUUAAGGAAGCUCAGGACGAGCUUCAAAAGAUUAAUAGAGAAGAAUGCCGUGAGAUAUCAGAAAUAGAGAAAAAUUACGACCAAGUGCGAGAGCCAGUAUAUGUGAAGCGAGCUGAGAUCAUCAGUGGCAUACCGCACUUUUGGUCAGCUUCGUUCUUCAAUUAUCCUGGAAUCAGCAAUCUGUUGAACGCGGAGGACCGACUGAUAUUUGCGUACUUGAACUCACUUCACGUGGAGAACUUUAAAGAUGAAAGGACAGGUUAUUGCAUCACAUUCGACUUCAAUCCCAACCCGUAUUUUGAGAACACCAAACUGACCAAGACCAUGGAGUUUUUUGACGAUGGGACUCUGAAGUCAACUGGCACGACUGUCAAUUGGAAGCCGGGCUGGGACCCAUCUGCAUUCGGAGACAUAAGGCCAUGUCCUCAACACAGCUUCUUUGACUGGUUCGGGUUUCGCCCUGAGUAUACACUAGAGGCUGAUGGGGAUCCCGUUGCUGAGGUUAUCAAGGAAGACAUAUGGGCGAACCCGAUGGAGCACCUUAAACAUCUUUACGACGAAGAAGAUAUCAGUGAUAAUGGCGAAGAUGAGGUAACCGAGGAAGAGCAAAAGUACGAAGAUGAAAAUACGGAGGAAGAGAAAAAGGACGAAGAUGAAAUUACCGAGGAAGAGAAAAAGGAUGACGGCGAGGUAGCGAUGGGGAUGGAACGUGAAAGCUACGGGCCUCCGGUGGCGGCGGAGGAGCCGUGUCCGCAUUCUCGGACGGUGGCGGAGCUGCCGGCAGAGAGGCUGAAAGGCAAAGUUUGUGCCCACCGUCGGAUUAUGAGGAUUAGAGCAGAGGAUUCGCAUGUCGAAGAAGGUUUUGCGCGUAUCGUGCUUUUUUCGAGACCGAUAUUGCCGGCUUCGCCUCUCAGCGAAAAGGCUUUGCAAUGA